AUGGAUACCAAUGAUUUGUACGAGAAGUUACUGGCCAUAAAUGUCAUACAUUUUGGAAAUUAUGUUUUAAAGGGCGGUCUGGCAACACCGGUUUACAUCGAUCUGCGCAAAGUGAUUUCUUAUCCUAGAACUUUGGCGGCAGUCGCCGAGGAAAUAUGGAAACGUAUCCAGGGGACUGGUCUGAAAUUCGACUGCAUCUGCGGUGUUCCGUACGCGGCUUUGCCGAUCGCCACUUGUCUCUGCAUUAAUCAUAAUCUGCCGAUGGUUAUUCAACGCAAGGAGGUGAAAACACAUGGUACAAAAAAACUCGUCGAGGGCGAAAUCAAAACUGGUAGUACGUGCCUCAUCGUUGAGGACGUAGUUACAUCUGGAGCCAGCAUAAUCGACACAGCUAAGGUAUGUGACACUUUCUGAAC